AUGAAUAGAUUAACAAAUAUAUCAAAAAUUAGAAAAUCAUUAAUAGAUGGAAAAUUAAAAGUGAAUGAUUUAGUUUUAAAUAAAAUCAAAGAGAUUAAUAAAGUUUCACCAAAUCAUUUAAAUACAUUUAUUUCACUUCAAGAUGAGAAAUCAUUAGGGAAACAAAUUAAAGAGAGUCAAGAGAGAUAUGAUAAUGGUACAAAUAAAAGAUUAGAUGGUAUACCAAUUGGUGUAAAAGAUAAUUUCUCAAGUAAAAAUUUUAAAACAACUUGUGGUUCAAAGAUUUUAGAGAAUUAUAUACCAAGUUUUGAUUCAACUGUUGUUAAAUUAUUAAAAGAGGAAGGUGCAAUAAUUAUUGGUAAAACUAAUAUGGAUGAAUUUUCAAUGGGUUCAUCUUCAACUUCUGGUCAUUUUGGUAAAGUAAUUAAUCCAUGGAGUAAACCAAAUAAUAAUAAUAACAAUGAUAAUGAUAAUAAUAAUAAUGGAGAGGUUUUAUAUGUUGCAGGUGGUUCAUCAGGUGGUUCGGCAGCAGCAGUUGCUUCAAAUUAUUGUGUUGCAUCAAUUGGAUCAGAUACAGGUGGUUCAAUUAGACAACCAUCAUCAUAUUGUGGUGUUGUUGGUUUUAAACCAUCCUAUGGUUUAAUAUCACGUUUUGGUUUAGUUGCAUAUGCUUCAUCAUUAGAUACACCUGGUGUUUUAACUAAUAAUGUUGAAGAUGCUGCUGAAUUAUUAGAUAUUUUAAUUAAAAAAGAUCAAGAAAAUGAUUCAACUUCAAUUGAAUUUAUAAAUAAUAAUCAAAAUCAAAAUCAAAAUAAUGGUGAAAAAAGGAAUAUUUUAGAUGAAUUUAAUGAAAAAUUAAAAAAUAAAAAUAUAAAAGAUUUAGUAUUUGGUAUACCAAAAGAUUAUUUAGUUAAAGAAUUAGAUACAGAUAUACUUAACCUUUGGAAAGAAGUUGUUGAAGAAAUUGAAAAAAGAGGUGGUAAAGUUGUAUCAGUUAGUUUACCACAUACUCGUUAUGCAUUACCAGCUUAUUAUUUAUUAGCAACAUCUGAAGCAAGUUCAAACCUUUCAAGAUUUGAUGGUGUUAGAUAUGGUUAUAGAUUUGAAGAAGAAAAAGAUGAAAAUAAAGUAGAUAAUGAUAAUGAUGAUGAUGAUGAUGUUGAUGAAAAUAAAAUUGGUAUGGGAUUAAAAGAUAUGUAUACAAAAACUAGAACAAAUGGUUUUGGCGAAGAAGUUAAAAAAAGAAUUAUACUUGGUACAAUGGCAUUAUCAAGAUCAUCAUAUGAUAAUUUCUAUACAAAAGCUCAAAAGAUUAGAAGAUUAGUAUCAGAUGAUUUUAAAAAUGUUUUCCAAGGUGAAAAUAAAGUAGAUAUUUUAAUAACACCAACUGCACCAUCUCCAGCAUUUAAACAAAAUGAAAAAAUGGAUCCAAUCGAAGUUUAUGUAAAUGAUAUUAUGACAAUACCUUCAAAUUUAGCAGGUUUACCAGCAUGUUCAAUUCCUUUAAAACUUUCAAAUUCAAAUUUACCAAUUUCAGUUCAACUAAUUUCAAAUCGUUUAACUGAUGAUAAUUUAUUAUUUGCAGCUCAUACAAUUAUGAAUUUUGAUUGUUACAAAGAUUUUACAUCACUUACACCAAAUUAUUUAAAAUAA